AUGGGAGAGGGUGGGAAAGAAAUUAAAGGACUGAGUUUCGCCGAAAAUUUUCUGCUUAGCGGUGCUGCUGCAGUUAUUGCGAAGACCGUGGCUGCUCCGAUAGAGCGAGUUAAACUACUUGUGCAAAAUCAAGAUGAGAUGAUCAAGCAAGGACGCUUAGAUAAACCGUACACCGGUGUUAUCGACUGUACUGUACGAACAUUCCGGCAGGAAGGUAUAUUACCCUUCUGGCGUGGAAAUUUACCUAAUUGCUUGAGGUACUUCCCUACCCAAGCUCUGAACUUUGCAUUUAAGGACAAAGUGAAGUCAGCGUUUAAGCAAAAUAAAGAUGAUCCAUACGUGGUUGCUUUCUACAAAAACGUGGUCAGUGGUGGUGCCGCAGGUGCUCUGUCCUUAGUGUUCGUUUAUUCUUUGGACUACGCUCGAACUCGUCUGGCCAAUGACAACAAAUCUGCCAAAAAGGGUGGGACUCGUGAAUUCAAUGGUUUGGUUGAUGUCUAUGCUAAAACGUUCAAGUCAGAUGGUAUUGCUGGUCUCUACCGUGGCUUCGUUAUCUCGUGCGUCGGUAUAAUUGUAUACAGAGGAUUUUACUUUGGAUUGUAUGAUACUUUGAAACCGAUAUUCCUUGGGCCCGAUGCAGGUGUGGCAAUCAGUUUCUGCCUCGGUUAUGGCGUGACUGUCACUUCUGGAUUGAUAUCCUAUCCGAUUGAUACUAUCCGUCGGCGUAUGAUGAUGACUUCAGGCCAAGCUGUCAAAUACAAAAGCUCAAUUCACUGUGCAACUGAAAUACUAAAAAAUGAAGGUCCAAUGUCUUUCAUGAAGGGUGCCGGUGCAAACAUACUCCGAGGUGUCGCCGGCGCUGGUGUGUUGGCUGGAUUCGACAAAUUUAAAGAACUAUAUGCCGAUUUCAGAUUACCGAAAAAGCCAUCUCCUUAA